AUUGCCCUGAAAAGCAGCUGGAAAGCAGUCCUCAAACCCUGUCUGUGCUAAGCAGAGGACAGCCAGCCACGCCACUUGCUUUAGCCUAGAACCACCCCAAGCCCUGGAGGUACACUGGCGCUUGAACUGAUUUUCCAGAGGCAGCAUGGACAUCAAGGAGUAUUUUGCCAGAAUUUCUUACCGGGGCUCCCACAAUAAGCCAGACCUGGCUACCAUGUCAGAUAUUUUCCAGCACCACAUCCAAGCUGUCCCUUUUGAAAACCUCAGCAUCCACUGCGGAGAAAGCAUUGAGCUGAACCUGGAAGCGACCUACAACAAGAUUGUGAAGAAUAAACGUGGGGGCUGGUGCAUGGAAAACAACUACCUUCUGUCUUGGGUCCUGAAAACUCUUGGCUACAACGUCACCCUUCUGGGAUCAAAAGUUUAUGUCCCAGAGCUCGACAGCUACCCAGAUGAAAUUGAUCAUCUGCUGCUACAAGUGGAGCUUGAGGGAAAAUCCUACAUUGUGGAUGGGGGGUUUGGGAUGGCCUACCAGCUGUGGCAGCCAAUGGAGCUGAUUUCAGGGAGAGAUCAGCCUCAGACUCCUGGGGUCUUUCGUUUUCAGGAGGAGAGUGGGACCUGGUACCUUGAGAAGGUGAAAAGGAAGCAGUUGGUUCUCAACCAAAGCACCUCGACUUCCCAAAAUGUGGAAAAUGAAGCUUGCCGUCGGAUUUAUCUCUUUACCCUUCAGCCACGAGACAUUGAGGAGUUCAGGGGCUGCAAUGCCCACCUGCAGACAGCUCCUGACUCGCUCUUUGUGACCAAGUCCAUCUGCAGCCUGCAGACUGCCAACGGCAUCCGGGCACUGGUGGGGUGGAAACUCACUGAGAUAAAGUACAAUUAUAGGGACAAUACGGAUCUUGUGGAAAUCAGAACCCUUGCAGAUGAAGAAAUAGAGAAAACACUGAAGGAGAAAUUCAAUAUAACACUAGACAAGAAAUUUGUACCUGUCAAUACGAGCAGGUUGUCUCUGUUCUAACUCACUGCCUGAAUUACAGUUCAAUUCAGUGGCAUUACAGGCAAUUCUUCCCUCUCUUUCUGACAAGCAUCCAAAGGUUAAUCUUUCUCCUUCCACCUACACCAGUGUAAGGCAGAACGUACUAGCAUGGAUCUAAAAAAUAAAUGGAUUUUCACAACUA